AGCAGUUGAUCAGCUGACCGUGAGUGUGAAGCAUCUGUAUACACUCAAGUGACAUUAUGAAUAUCACAUCAUACAACCUUUAGAAAUUAUUUAAUCAAAACUACCAAAUAAUCGUCUCGUCAUCUCGUUUACACGGAUAUCAGCCGCUACGUUCCCGCACUCCAGCAGCCAUGACGGAGUUCUGGUUGAUCUCUGCUCCUGGAGAGAAGACCUGCCAGCAGACAUGGGACAAAUUAAUGAUUGCUACCACUCGCACCAACAACCUCUCCACCAACAACAAGUUCAACAUUCCUGAUCUCAAGGUCGGAACGCUAGACGUGUUAGUGGGACUCUCGGAUGAGCUCGCCAAACUGGACUCUUUUGUUGAGAGUGUGGUGAAGAAGGUCGCUCAGUACAUGGCAGAUGUGUUGGAGGACAGCCGAGACAAAGUCCAGGAGAACUUGCUCGCUAAUGGAGUUGAUCUGGUCACCUACGCCACACGAUUCCAGUGGGACAUGGCCAAAUACCCCAUCAAACAAUCGUUGAAGAACAUUUCAGAGAUCAUAUCAAAGCAAGUAUCACAGAUUGAUAAUGACCUGAAGGCUCGAGCAUCAGCUUACAACAACCUGAAGGGAAACUUGCAAAACCUGGAGAGGAAGAAUGCAGGGAGUCUGCUCACCAGGAGUCUGGCUGAUAUUGUCAAGAAAGACGACUUUGUGCUGGAUUCUGAGUAUCUCAUUACUAUGCUAGUGGUGGUACCAAAGACGAAUUACGGUGACUGGCAGCACACUUACGAGACUCUCGCUGAAAUGGUGGUGCCACGAUCCACUAAUCUGCUGUUUGAGGAUCAUGACAGCGGCCUGUUUUCCGUCACACUCUUCAGAAAGGCCAUCGAUGACUUCAGGCACAAGGCCAGAGAGAACAAGUUCACGGUGCGAGACUUUCAGUACAAUGAGGAGGAACUGAAAGCAGAUAAGGAGGAGAUGACACGACUCUCUACUGACAAGAAAAAGCAGUUUGGGCCACUUGUCCGAUGGCUUAAAGUGAACUUCAGCGAGGCGUUCAUUGCUUGGAUCCACAUUAAAGCUCUGAGGGUCUUUGUGGAGUCUGUGUUAAGAUAUGGAUUGCCCGUGAACUUCCAAGCGAUGCUGCUACAGCCCAACAAGAAGAAUAUGAAGAAAUUGAGGGAAGUUCUGUACGAUCUUUACAAGCAUCUGGACAGCAGCGCGGCCGCCAUUAUCGACCAAUCUGCCAUGGAUAUUCCUGGCUUGAACCUCAGCCAGCAGGAGUAUUAUCCCUACGUGUAUUACAAAAUCGACUGCAACCUGCUGGACUUCAAAUAGAAGAGCCGUUCUCCAUCCUUUAAUUUUGUCUUUGUGAAACAAUCUUAAAGUUAAAUUGAACAUUUUCUGCACUCUUUCUCUGGUUCUGGUCACCCCCCUCGUGCAUGCUCGUUCAUAUUCAAAGAUACUUCUCUAUGGCCGGAGAGUCUCUAUAUCUGCUGUCCCUAGUAUUUUGUUUACAUUUUUUUUUUAAGGAGGUAAUCGUGUUAUCAUAUGUGCAAGUGAACUACACAAGCAUUUUAAGUCAUUCCAUUCAUGUUUUGUGAAGAGUACUGUAGUAGUUACAUCUGAUGUUAGCGAUUGUUAUUGUGGACAAUUGUGGUUUUAACUUUUAUUCUUUAGAAGGCAUCAGUGGUCCAUUUAAAAACAAAAUGAGAGCAAAGGUGUUACAAAGAUGCAACAUGUGCUGUAUGUGAUGUACAUUUGGUGUUAAAAGAGUUAUAUGUGCAGAAUUAUUGUAUGUCAUGGAACCAAAAUAUAAAUUAAUAUGAGUAUAUAAAACUGUA